AACAACGGAGCAGGAAGAAGAGAAACAAGAAGAAGAACCGGUUCACGCAGUUUACCGUGAACCGACCGGAGCCCCGCAGACCCCUGUCCGUGCGGUGACAUGUCGGUGGCUGCCAGCGGCGCGCGGUUCAUGUGCAGGAGUGUCCCGCUGCUAUUGGCCCGACGCGCUGUGACCACGUCCCCGCCCGUGGCUGCUGGACCAAGAGGGAAGCGUCCACCGGCCGGGAGCGCGCCGCGCGUCACCACAGCCUACUGAUCUGAUCGGAGAGAGGCCAGCACUGGGAGUUGUGGGAAGUGAAGUCUUGUCUCACUAUGUUGUCUUCUUUCGAAGGCAAGCUGGCGCGGAAUGAGGGGGAUAAAAAAACAGUGAUUUGCAUUGAGGGGAACAUUGCCAGCGGGAAGACGACGUGUGUGAACUAUUUUGAAAAAAAUAGCAACAUUGAGGUCCUCGCAGAGCCAGUCUCUAAAUGGAGGAACGUCCGUGGACACAACCCUCUGGCUUUGAUGUACCAAGAUCCUGAGCGCUGGGGCAUCACGCUGCAGACGUACGUCCAACUCACCAUGCUGGAUACACACCUGGCAGCCAUGACAGCCGACGUCAGGAUGAUAGAGAGAUCCCUCUUCAGCGCCAAGUACAUCUUUGUGGAAAACCUCUUCAGAAGCGGGAAAAUGCCCGGGGUGGACUAUGCUGUCCUCAGCGAGUGGUUCGAUUGGAUCACAACAAACAUUUGCAUUCCUGUUGAUCUGAUUGUCUACCUAAAGACAUCUCCUCAGACCUGCCACGAGAGGCUAAAGCAGAGACGCAGAGAAGAAGAGAAGGUCAUUCCAUUGGAGUAUCUCGAGUCCAUCCACGAGCUGUAUGAGGACUGGCUCAUCAAGCAGACCUCUUCCCCUCUGCCUGCUCCUGUGCUGGUGAUUCCUGCUGACCAUGACCUCCAGACGAUGCUGCACCAGUACGAGGAAAACCGUGACAAGAUUUUAGCUGCAAGCCGUCUCUGAGCACGCACAUGAUUCUGCAUUGGACAACCUUUUCCUUUUUAAGUGCACUUUUUUCAUUACUCCACAUAUGUUAGGGUUAGCGAAUAGGCGAUUAAGGGGUUUUAUGCAAAUGAAUGAAGUAAAUGACUGGUCAAAGAAACGAUGCUUGGUGUCCUUUUGGAGGAGGGCGAGAUUAAGAAGAAUUAAAGAUUUAACAACAGAAGAAAUUCAUUUUUUUCUCGAUGUUAAAUUUCAGCUGACCUGUUUUCUGCUGCCCAUCAGUCAAUAAUGUUUACACGCCGUAGUCAUAGCAACGCGUCUUGCCCCAGGACACAUCUAUAUGGACCAGUGAAGUUUUAUUUGAAGAUUUUAUUAUUGUAAUAUAUCCAAAAUAUGAAUAAACCUCAAACCUAAAUAAGGUGUGAUCUUUUGGCUUUUUUUAGGCGGAAACUUCUCAGAAAAAGCACGGAGACUCUAAAGCUCAUGAAGCUUGGUUUCAAAUAUUAAGUAUUUAUUUAAAAAGGUACAUUUAAGACAAUUUGUCAGCAAAAGUUCACAAAAAUAUAUUUAUGACCAAACCUCCCCUAAUCUGCUUUAUUUUAGCACUUCUAAGUAGGGCCUUAGUCCUUAUUAGCAUUAUUUCUCAAUCAUUUAUAUCAAACAGGACAUCUGUCUCACUGUCCAUCCUGAUGGGGGGACACUCCUCUGGCUUUCUGCCUGUUGAAGGGUUUUGCUGUGCCGAUGUGAGGGUUUCGGGACAAGUUGUUGCAUGUGUACAGACUAAGGAAUUGAGUCUGAGAUUUGGGACAUUUCUAACACACUAUAUGUUCUAUAUAUGUGGACAAAUGACUCCAAAUGUAAAAAAAACAACCUUUUCCUACUAACAGUUCCACUUACUAAUAAAAUAUCUGCUAAUUCAA